AUGCGCGAUCUAGCCGCUUCGUUCUCCUCUCGUCGUUCACCGAACCAUCGUCAUUCGACGACCCAAUCGAAGAAGGACACCACUUCCGCGCAAGAUUUAUUCGCUCGGACGAGCUUGGAGAGUCCGAGAAAGUAUAACCCGUUCGCUAGGGAGGGUACGACGGCGUCGCCUACUAAGAGGAUCAAGUUGAGCGGCGGGGAGGAGUCGUUGAAGAGGAGCAGUGUCCGGUUAGGGCAGUUGUUCGGUGCGGCGCGGAGAAGAACGGGUGGGGCAGUAGAAGAAGACGACGACGACGAUGAUCAAGAGAUGUUGGGAGAAAGUCCCGUCAAGCACGAUGCGACCAAGGGGAAAUCGUUCGUUCCCUUGUUCGAUCACGACGAGGAUGAAGAGCACGAGGGGGGUAUGAAGAAUCCUUUCCUUGCCUCUGGCGCGGAUGGCAAGGGAAACGGCAAACGGAAAAAGAACGAGGAAAGCGAACCGGGAAAGAAGGGAGGAGCGAUGGAUGGGUGGUUGAGGAAGGCGGUGCAUCCGACGCUGAAGGGGGUCAAGAGGACGGGGUACGAAGGAGCCGAAUUGGUGCAGGAGGACGAGGAUGAGGACGGCGGGGAUAAGGGGGAAGGUAGUUCUGCCGGUACGAAUGGUCAGAAGGGCAAGAAGAAGCCUAAACGUGCGCCGGCGGGGCCGAGGUAUAAGAAAAUACCUGGCGGCAAAGCUCUUCCCAAGAAGGGUUCGACGGCAAUGGCGGUCGAUCCCGAUUCCGACGACGACGACGAAGCAGCCUCGGAUCGGAUCGGCAAGACGAGCAGAGUCGGUUCGAUGUUGAUUGUCGAUUUGGACGACGAGGAACAACACAGGAUUGUAAUUAGGUCGACUGGGGAGGGGAUAGGCGGAGCGGGGAUGAGCAAGACGGAGGAGGGGGAAGAGGAUGAGUUGGUGCUUGCGACGGGGUCCUUGAUUUAUGUGAGGGGCACACCACCACCGUCAACAUCGAUCCCGAUCACAUCGAUGGGUGAAGACGCUCCGACCUGGCUCGAUCAAGACCAAGCCAACGAAGCCCUACCCGAAGAUUUGGCCUCGAUACUCUCCCUCCGAUCUUCACCCAUGAAGAAGACAGCCUCCAAACGCAUGUUGGCAAGGAACCGAACGGUCGAUGACUUGUUGAAAGGUCCUUCAGCGGGGGUGAACAGGGUGAAGAAAGGGCUGAUGGACUUGGAGGAUGAGGAGGCGGAUAAGGUGGUUGAGGAGGGGGCGGGGAGUGAUGAUGAUUGGGCUUCGGAUGUCGAGGGGUGGAAGGCGGUCAGCGAUGGGGAGAUGGAUGGGUACGAGGAAGUUGAAGCGUUGGGGAGGAUGUAG